CUCUCCAACAUUCUGUAUUUCUCUUUCCCUCAGAUAUCUCGUCCUGUCCAUCUCACCCUUUCUACACUUUCAUCAUGGGCGGGCACUUGCGGAUGAGAGACGCUCAACUAUUCGGGGCCCGCUUUUGGUCGAUGGCAUCGGCGUUGGGGGAUCGUGCACAACGCCGCGCGUUUUGCUGCGCGACCAUCCUCCUUCGCCCUUUUCCGACCAGCGGUGUUUUCUCGCGAGACCCACGACUCGACGUUGUGGGCUGGCUAUGGAAAGCACUACCAUCCGAGGUUGCGAUCGCAUCACACUUCGCUGCUGCUGAUUACGAUCUGCUAUAUCUUGUCGAUCAAGGCUUCUAGACUCGCACACCGAAAAGGCGAAGUUCUCAGGGGAUGACGCGUACAUCGUACCGUCCCUCGUCCCCCGCCUUGGUCAUUGGUUAUUUCUUACCGCAUCUCCCCGUCAUCGCCCUCGUUCUGCCUCUGUCGGGAUCCUUCACUUCCUUCUCUCCGACCCUCUACCUUCUCCCCACGAUUCCAGCCCUUCCAUCAAGAUGGAGGACACUCGAACGCGAUGACAUUACGAAGGACACGGGCAUUGUAUGACUGAACGGACACUUGACGAACUGUCUACGAUUUGACGGCGGAAAUCUUGUGGGUCAAAGCGAAGCUGAUAUACAUGUGCCUGCGAGACGGUGUGUCGCACUCUCCUAUACAAAGACCCCUACGGCAGUGGUGUUGGACAAAUAGGCUGGGCGUGCCCGCCGACUGUCCGCAUCGUGUCUUCUUGAUGAAGACCACUGCGUUGCUUCCCGCUCCAGCAGCGGGUGGGCGUUCGGGUGGGGGCGGUGUGCUAUUCUAUCGGACGAUGUAUACUUGACUGGUGUUGGCUCACAUGUUUCUGGCCAUGAAGGGGAGUUAACGCAUUUGUAUCUCUUGUAGUCGUUUGUCUCAUGUUAUGCAAUCCAAAUUUGUGUAUCUUUCACGCGCUCC